UGGACUUUGAGUAAAUGACUGCGACCUUGAAGGCAAACGAGCGUUCGGAUUUUGCGUCCUUUCUCGCCAAGCUUGCCUCUACGCAUCUCAAUAAGGAUAGACCUUGCCAAAUCUCUCUAUUGGUGUUCCACGAGUUUUCGAGAAUGAAUGGCGCUGCUGAGGCUAUGGAGAUCAUGCUGAGUCAUGUUGAGGAGAGAUACUCGAAGAUUCUCCGGGUAUGAGGCCACAGGUGACGGUUUGCGUCAGGAUAAAGCGUUCUCGGAUCUGGAGAAAUUGGUCAAGAGGGGACGAUUCCGAGCUAUGGUGGGUCAUGUUAUUUUCGAGACUUCGAGAGCAUUCAAUAUCCCCUUCUCAUCAGGUCUACAUGAUUGCUCAUUGCUUCCACCGACUAUGGUUCUGUAUCUGAAAUCACCAGGCUUUGGGGAUAGUUGUGAUGAAACCAUUUUAUAUGUUCUCAUCAAGUCCAAGAACAUGUUUUUCACGAGUAGACUUGUUAAUUACUGACCUAGGCUCCUUCAUAG